UUCCGGUUUCCGGACAGGCCUAAAAGAGCGCCGAACACGCGCGGUGUUCCUUCACAACAAAAGGCUCCCGUCCGUGGGGGAAUACCGACAAAACUAAAGAGCAAUGGACUUCUUAGAGUUCGCAGAUAUCUUCAAGGAAGAUCGUGGGGCUAUGACAUCUGGCCGCCUGAAAAUGACGAACCAAGGAAUUAUCUUCAAGAACAGCAAGACUGGUAAAGUCGAACAAGUGCAAGGCACGGACAUCGAAGACAUUAACUGGCAACGACUGGGUGCUGGGUACGGCAUCCGCAUGAUGAUGAAGAACGGUACGCUGUAUCGAUUCGGCGGCUUCCAGGACGACGAAAUGGAGAGACUUUCCAAGUUUUUCCUACAUAACUUCCACUUGCAGCUUGGCACACGUGAGCUGUCACUCAAAGGUUGGAACUGGGGCACGGCCCGCUUCGAAGGCAGCGUUUUAUCCUUCGACAUCGACAAGUCAUCGGCAUACGAGAUCCCACUAGGCAAUGUAUCGCACUGUACGACGGCUAAGAACGAAGUGACGCUCGAGUUCCACCAGAACGAUGACGCAGCUGUAUCACUUAUGGAAUUGAGAUUCCAUGUUCCAACGGAUCCCAAUUCGGAAACCGAUCCGAUUCAAGCAUUCCGCAAUAACGUCCUUUCGAAGGCAAGCAUAAUUCAGGCUACAGGCGACGCCAUUGCUACGUUCAAGGAACUGCAGUGCCUGACACCCAGAGGUCGUUAUGAUAUCAAGGUAUUCACAUCUUUCAUUCAGUUGCACGGAAAAACAUUCGAUUACAAGAUUCCCCUGACGACCGUGUUGCGCCUCUUCCUGUUACCACACAAAGACAACCGUCAAGUCUUCUUUGUGCUCAGCCUCGAUCCUCCUAUCAAACAGGGCCAGACACGGUACCACUACCUCAUUCUCCUCUUCAACAAAGAGGAAGAGACGACCAUGGAGCUCAUGAUGUCCGAAGAGGACAUUCACGAAAAGUUUGAAGAUCGCAUCCAAAAAAAUAUGUCUGGCCCCACGUUUGAAGUGCUCAGUCGAAUCAUGAAGGCAGUCGCUCAGAGGAAGAUCACUGUUCCUGGGGAGUUCAAGGGCCAUGGGGGCACACACUGCAUAACCUGCUCAUACCGCGCUGGCAAUGGUCUGCUGUACCCGCUCGAGCGAGGCUUCAUUUACAUCCAUAAACCCCCUGUGCAUAUUCGCUUCGACGAAAUUUCGUGCGUCAACUUUGCGCGUAGCGGAGGCAGCACACGUUCCUUUGACUUUGAAGUGGAAGCAAAGAGUGGACUUGUACACACGUUCAGCAGCAUCGAGAAAGAGGAAUACGGAAGGCUCUUCGACUACGUCACGGAGAAGAAGUUGAGGAUCAAGAACAGAGACAGCCUCAGCGGAACCAAAGAAAAGCAACCCGUCCGAGACGAGGAGCUGAUCGAUUCCGACGCUGAGGACGAGCCAGACGCGUACCUCCAGCGCGUCAAAGACGAAGGCAGACAGCGGGACGAGGGAGAUUCUGGUGAAUCUUCCGACGAAUCUUUCAAUCCCGGCGAGUCUGGAAGUGAAGUCGCGGAAGAAUUCGACAGCAACGUGGAGUCUAGUUCAGACAGUGAAAGCUCGGAAGGCGGCAGCAAGAAAGACACUUCUGACGGGGCUGGUGACAGGGAGAAGAAGAAAGAAAAGAAGAGCCACAGUGCAAAGACGGUACCAGAGCCCGGGAUGAAACCCAAAAAGCAAAGACGCAAGAAGAAAGAGCGAGACGCAAACAUGCCAAAGCGUCCAGCCUCUGCCUAUUUCUUGUGGCUGAACGAGAGCAGGGAGAAGAUAAAGCAGGACAAUCCCGGCAUAACUAUUACGGAAAUAUCGAAGAAAGCCGGUGAACUCUGGAAAACCGUCGAGGACAAGAGCAAGUAUGAGAAGCAGGCUGCCGCAGCAGCAGCUGAGUAUAAGGCAGCCAUGGCGACGUACAAAGCAGGUCUUAAGGACAUGCCAAAGUCAGAGGAAAGCAAAGAGGGAAAAGGAAAGAAGACUCCAAAGGCACCACCGAAGGCACCGAAAACAGAGUCCGAGUCCCCUGCGAAGAAGGGAUCCCCCACGAAGCCAGGCAGCGGAGCGUCGUUUAAGAGCAAGGAGUACAUAAGCAGCUCCGGGAGUGACGACGAUAAGCCGCUUAAAAAAUCUCCGAAGAGUUCUCCCACAAAAUCUGGGGCAUCCGAAAGCGUGAACGAAUCGUCCAGUGAUGUAGACAUGUCUGGCUCGGGGGAAGAUGACUGAUGCCGAUUCUUGUUAAUAGACUACUUUUUCUUGUAUAGCUUGCGUUAAUAAACGUAUUCUCAAAUUUGA